AUGUUAGCGUAUGGCGUAGCCCCCGAUGUCGUGGAUGAAUAUCUACGUAUCGGCCAAACAACCUCAAGGAAUGCAUUGCAACAUUUUUGUCAGGGGGUUAUUUCACAAUUUGAAAGUGAAUAUCUACGUAAACCUACAGAUGAAGAUUUAAGGAGAAUCCUUCAUCAAAAUGAAUUGCGUGGGUUUCCAGGCAUGAUUGGUAGUAUAGACUGCAUGCAUUGGGAGUGGAAGAAUUGUCCUACGGCUUGGAAAGCACAAUAUGCUGGUCGUAGCAAGACUGCAACCCUCAUUCUUGAAGCCGUUGCUGAUCAGGAUUUAUGGAUUUGGCAUGCGUUCUUUGGAAUGCCUGGCUCAUGUAAUGAUCUUAAUGUCCUUUACCGUUCACCGGUGUUUGAUGAUGUUUUACAAGGUCGUGCACCACCAAAUUUUUUUUGGGUAAACGGACAUCAAUAUGAGUUGGCCUACUACUUGGCAGAUGGGAUUUAUCCGAAAUGGCCAACUUUUAUACAAGGUAUUACACAUCCUCAAGUUCAAAAAGACAAGUUGUUUGCUGAUCAACAAGCAGCAGUUCGGAAAGACGUUGAACGGGCUUUCGGAGUUUUACAAGUUAGGUUUGCUAUACUACGACAACCUGCACUGGCCUUCGACGAAGAUAUUCUUUGUGACAUUAUGAAAGCCUGUAUAAUAAUGCACAACAUGAUCGUCGAGGAUGAACGACACAACUACACACGGGCAGAUGUUUUGAGACGAUACUACGAAGAAGAUCGACCACAACGUCCAGCAGCGCGGGCGGGACCGAGCACAAGUGCCACGGUGAAUAACAACGAGCCAUUUGAAUUCAACGUCGGGCGGCCGCCCAACAUAGAUUUCAACGCGUAUUUUCAGAGGAGGAUUGCCCUUCGUGAUAGAGAAAUUCAUUCGUCUCUCAAACAAGAUUUAGUAGAACACAUAUGGCAGAACUUUCGUCAUAAUACGGCCGAAUAA